UUUGUAAUAAGUGUUUGAUUUGAAAUUCCCGCCGCCUUUUUACCUCUCUCUCUCUCUCAGGUCUCAACGGCUAGUAGCCUAGCCUCUGUAAUAGCCCAGACCCAGAAGAGCCAUAUGUGAUUAUUAUGUGAUCUAUGCCAAACCCACUUCGCUCUUCUAUGGUAUAGAUAAAUGCUACACUUUGCUAGUCGAUUACAUGAAGAGUCGCAUCAGCUAUAACCAUUCAUUCCAACAUAAAUGGAACGCUAUUUGUUUAAUGUACUUCACUCGUCUCUGCACAUUAAACAAUUCAAGCAAAUUCACGGCCUCAUCGUAAUAAAUUAUCCUGCUCUUACUCCAUUUUUUGUGCAGGGGCUUCUUCGUUUAUCUAUUAUUGUAUAUGCUCGCCAAGUGUUUGAUAGAAUUCCUCAGCCAAGUAAAAUCCUUUAUAAUUCCCUCAUUUCUACGUAUUCUAAGCUUUCUCUGUACAAAGAGGCUUUAGAUGCGUUUGUUUUGAUGCAUGAUAGUGGUACCCGGGUGGUAUGUUCCACAAUUCCGCCUGUUAUGAAGUCCUGCACUUCUUUAUUGGCUGGUGAAUUAGCCAAUGAGAUUCAUUCGUUAGUUGUAAAAUACGGGUUCAGCUCAGAUGUUUUUGUUCAGACUCCUUUGAUGGAUUUUUAUGCCAAAAUUGGCGAUAUAGAUUCCACAAAGAAAGUUUUUGAUGAGAUUUUCGUGAAGGAUCCGAUCUGCUAUAAUUGUUUGAUUUCAGGGUAUUCCAAGUCCGGUGAUGUUGUGGCAGCGCAGCAGCUAUUUGAUGAGAUGACUGAGAGAACUGUUGUUUCAUGGAAUUCUAUGAUUUCUUGCUAUGCAAACAAUGGGCAUUAUCGUGAGGGUUUGAGGAUGUUUGAGAGGAUGCAGGUUGAGAGGUUUCGCCCUAACGAAAUUAGUGUAGCCAUUGUACUCUCUAUAUGUGCCAAGCUUAGGGAUUUGGAAAUGGGGUUGAGAGUUAAGAAGUUUAUUGAUGAGAACAAUUUACAUAUAAAUAUGAUAGUUUCUACUGCAUUGUUGGAAAUGUAUGUGAAAUGUGGGGCUGUUGAUGAUGCACGUCAGGAGUUUGAAUGCAUGGACAGAAGAGAUGUUGUUGCUUGGAGUGCCAUGAUUGCUGGUUAUGCCCAAAAUGGGAGACCUAGUGAGGCCUUAGAACUCUUUGAAAGCAUGAAAAGCAAACAGAUUAAGCCUAAUGAUGUUGCACUUGUUAGUGUUCUAUCUGCAUGCUCUCAACUGGGCUCAUUGGAAGCUGGUGAGCGCAUUGGCAACUAUGUAGAGAGUCAAGGCUUUGUCUUUAAUGUUUAUGUGGCCUCUGCACUAUUGGAUAUGUACUCCAAGUGUGGAAAUAUUAGUAAAGCUCGUCAAAUUUUCAAUCAUAUGCCUCAGAAAGAUGUUGUUAGUUGGAACUCAAUGAUUGUAGGUCUAGCAGCUAAUGGUUUUGCAAAGGAAGCAAUUAAUCUUUUUGAGAAAAUGAAAGUAAUUAGAGUGAAACCAAAUGAUAUAACAUUUGUGGGGAUAUUAACAGCUUGCACCCAUGCAGGCCUUCUUGAAUUGGGGCUUAGGAUUUUCAGAAGCAUGAAAUCGGAUCAUGAGAUUACUCCAACUAUAGAACAUUAUGCUUGUGUUGUUGACCUAUUUUGUAGAUCUGGGAAAUUGAAAGAUGCCCAUGAGUUCAUAUGUAGAAUGGAAGUGGAGCCCAAUGUUGUGAUAUGGGGCACCUUAUUGAGUGCUUCUAGAAUCCAUUCAAAUCUAGAACUUGCUGAGUUCUCCGUCAAGAAAUUACUAGAACUUGAGCCUGAGAAUUCUGGGAACUAUAUCCUUCUUUCUAAUAUAUAUGCAAGUGCUGGCAGAUGGGAAGAAUCCUUGACAGUGCGAAAUUUGAUGAAAACUAACAGAGUGCAGAAAACCUCUGCAUAUAGUUGGAUAGAAAUGGAUAAUAAAGUGCAUAAGUUUUUAGUUGGUGACACAUCCCACCCUGGAUCUAAUGAUGUUUAUCGCAUUGUUGAUGGGUUGGCAAUGCAGUUGACUUGGGCUGGUUAUAAUUUUGAAUCUGCAUUGGAAUUUUCAUGGUGCUCAUAGUAGAAACCAGUAAUUGCCCACUACUGCAACUGGAAAAGUAUGGUGGAGGUUGUACCACAGAAAGUUUAACUUUAGUCUCAGCUUGGACUUGGAAAUCCUGCUCUCUUGCUUGUUGUCCAACCAAAAGAAAAGAUACCUGGGAAGAGUUUUCAAGGUUGCAAUUAGGGCUCGUUGUGUUUGUUUAUAUAACUCGUCAACCUAAUAAACACCCAAUGUGGAACUCAGCACACUUGCACUAUCUAGUCCAAUCCAAAUAAUCCAGGUUAUGACAAUGUUUCCCUCAAAUGCCAACUGCAGAACUGAUAUAGCAGUACAAAAUUAUUUCCUAGAACUCAGUUACUUCACAUUCAAAAUUGAGCUGUCCCUGAUUGUUAGCUCUAAGAUUAUUUUACUGCUUCAAGUUUAUUUGGAAAAUGUUUAUUUAAUGUAGCAACAAACUUGAUCCAUUCCCACUUGAACCAUCACAUGUUAUACAGCAUGACAUUGGAUGUGAAAAUAUAUGAUUUGUCAAUCCAUUGUAUUAUUUCA